AGUUCAUUACAGGAAAAAUAUCAAGAACCAUGCGUUGUCUUCGCUGUACAUCUGUCAUUACGUAGUGGUGCAGCCAUUAAUUCAUUAGAUAGUGGGGAAAUAAUUCAAGCAAUUCAAUAAUAUUUACAAAAUCCAGUAUGAUUGUGAGGAGGCGAUGUCAGCGUUUAAAGGUUUACAAACAAAAUCUAGUAUAUAUCUUCCAAUUGACAUUCGAUUGACAGUCAAUGAGGUAACAAAUAUGUUGAGAGAAAGGAAACCACCUCAGCAUCUUGCCUCAAAUAUUGUAUUGGUUAAUCUUGGAAAAGAUUCGCUAAUAGCAUCCUUGAAUGGAACACUUAAUAUUCAUAAUACAAAAACAUCAUUAACUUCAGCGGAAAAUCAAUUAAAUCAACAAAGUAUGGAUGUAGAAUAGAUGAAUUUGAAGAAGAUAAGAGAAAUUCAAG